AUGCUGAAUUACGGUUAUACACAAAAAUUUAGUGAGGUGAUGGUCCUUGAACACCACAAGAAUGCGACUCAAUGUAUGCAAUCAUAUUGGCCUCUCAUCUCUGAUAUUAGUGGAUCGAUCUCUUUCUUUGGUUCAUUUGUAUCUCUAUUCCCACAAAUCAUAGAGACUUAUAGAGAUAAGAGUGUUGCUGGGUUAUCGCCGUUGUUUCUAUUAUGCUGGCUUUGUGGUGAUAUUACAUCUUUGGCUGGAGCCCUCAUGACUCACCAGCUUAUGUUUCAAGUGAUAUUAGCCCUAUAUUUCUUAUUAAAUGAUUCUUUCGUUUGUGGACAAUAUUACUACUAUGGGAUUCUCUAUAAAAAUACUUUAGCUACAGUGGGUCACGAACCAGGCCCUGUACUUUCACAGUUACCAAACGUCAUUGAAAACGGUGGUUCUGUUAUAACAGCAGACCAUUUAGAGAGUUUAUUAGAAAGUACCGCAUCACAAGAGGCUAAUAAUAUGGGAGAUAUUGAACGUACAACAUCCAGAGGUACUCGUGGAAGUAAUCGUAGCAGACGAGGUCUGUUAAUUGCUGCCGUAUCCAUUGCUAAUCAAGUCCAUAGUGCCAACGCGUGGGAUGGUCAUACUACAGUAAAUAGUCCCGGUAGUGGAACAGUAUUAUCGUGGCUUGGAGCAUUCUUCUACGUUGGUGCACGUAUUCCACAAUUAAUCAAGAAUUAUCGUCGUAAAUCUACAGACGGUCUAUCCCCAUUACUUUUUGCAACAACACUUCUUUGCAAUGUCACAUAUUGUAUGUCAAUUUUCUCUAGUUGUAGAUUCAUUGACUCUACAGAUAAAUGGGGUUUCUUCGAUAACGCUUUACCGUUCAUCAUUGGCAGUGCAGGGACAGUAGUAUUUGACUUAAUAUAUUUUUAUCAGUACUACGUAUUAUAUGCCAGAGAUACUACAUUGAGAGCCCUUGAGCGUGAAAUAUACGAUGAAGGGUCCGAUGAAGGAUCUGAUGACAACAUGGAUGAUAAUGAAGAAACAGCGUUGUUGAGAACAUAG